AUGGAGACGCCAAGAAUCUACUCUGAGUCUGUUGGCACGGAUUCCCUCCGUCUCGCCACCAUUACCAUCAAUCCCGAUCAAGUUCCCUCCAUUGUCCUCAAAGCAUUUGAGUUUUCCAGUCCUACCAGGCCGGAAUACCAUGCGCUCUCCUACACAUGGAACCCUCCAUACGGGGACGAUGCUAUACGCUACACGGAGACAGAAAUGCGAUCUAUUCUCCUCAACGGGUCCAAAUUCUCUGUGAUGCCCAAUCUCUACGAUGCCUUCUUCCAGCUUCACCAAUCCUGUCCGCAGAUGCCAUUCUGGAUUGACGCUCUCUGCAUCAAUCAGAGCAGUCUACAGGAGCGCAAACUUCAAGUCAGCAUCAUGGACCGAAUCUUUGGAGGGGCCAGUCGAGUCGUUGUGUGGCUGGGAAAGCCCUAUCCUAAAAUUGAGCUGGCUCUCAGGGCUGUAGAACGCAUGGCCUCUGUUGCAGUCACAAUGAGCAAAAGCAUUAUCCGGGAACAAAAGUAUCAUCACACUCAUUAUCUGGCAGAAAUGAAAGAGGUCUAUGGGCUUGAGCCCUUGAGUUUUGACGAGGCUGACGCCUUGAUUACGCUCUUCGAAUGUCGCUGGUUUGCGAGACAGUGGGUAAUUCAAGAAGUGGCCCUCGCUGGACAGAUCGACAUUGUGUGCAAUGACAUGAGCGUUCCAUUUGACAAGAUUGGGUCAACGGCCCUAUUUCUGCACCUCAGUGGCCUGUUUAUGGCCUGCAGCAACUUACUCAUGGUGCGUGGGAAAGAUCCCGAGUUGAUAAACAAGACGCAUUUGUUCCAGGCUGAGAGAACUCUAAUAGUCCGCGAGUGGUGCAAAGGGGAGCACAGUGAGUGGAAGGAUGAGUUACCUUUGGUCGACUUCACGGCUGGAAUUGUGGAAGGUACUACGGCUGUUGGUCAGGCGAAGGAGAGUAUGGUCGGCAUCGUCCUUCUCAAGCUGCUGAUGUGGCUGGUGGGUUUCGAUUGUACAGACCGUCGCGAUACUAUAUACGGACUGGGCGGUAUUAUCAGUCACGUUGCCAGAAUUCACGGUCUCGACAGCAUCCCGCAGGGACUCCAGCCCAAUUAUCAGCUCGAUACAGUCACUGUACUCCACAACGCGGCGACGGAGAUUCUGCAGGCUACUGGGAGUUUGGCCCUCCUGGGUGUUGUCAAAGACCUAGCUCUACGAGAGACCUCAGGUCUACCGUCAUGGGUCCCCGAUUAUAUCCCAAGAUUGAUACUGAAUCCGAUGGCUGGGCCAAACUUCAAGUCUUUAGGCAAGUUCGAUACGUCCCAAUCUCUGGAUACGGCCACGUAUAAGGUCGAUUUUCGUGUAGACGACAAGGUCUUGCAUGCCCGCGGGUUCCUCCUAGGUCGCGUCAAAGCCAUGGGCGAGACUGCCAAGGCCAUAUUUGACGGCUACCUCACUCAGUGCGCUGCGAUGUUGAUCGACGCGGAUGAUACUUACCCCUUCACCAACCAGCCAUUCGCGGAGGCAUUCUGGCGAACAUUGGUAUUUGACCAAGACUUAUCCGACCGCCCAGCCAAACAACCCGAGACUAAGCAUUUCCAAGAUACCGUUCUCAUCUUGAUGAUCGUACGAAUGAAGGCCGCGUUAGAAUCUGGAGGCGCAGACGCUGUCAAGGCUUUUCUCCAGACUCUAGGGCAUAUGGAUGCGCUGGAAGCCAAGCACCCGGAACACAGCCCCUUCCAUGGAAGUACGUUCCUCACAUCGUGCUGCAGAAGGUUUGGAUUCCUCCCAGAAGAUGGAGACGAAAAGCUAUGGACAUAUGAGCAGCUAAUGGCUUGGCUGGGCCCAGUAGAGAAGAAUGCGUUGUUUAUGAGCGCGUUGCUAACCACCACUCUCCCCAGCCGGCGGCCAGCGGUAACGGAGCAGGGACAUUUUGCCUGUGUCUUUGAGACUACUCUCGUAGGUGAUGAAAUCUGGGUUGUGUCUGGAUGUCCGACGCCGCUGCUUCUGCGACAUGAGGGUCAACAGUAUAGUUUAGUGGGUGAGGCGUAUGUUCAUGGCGUUAUGCAUGGGGAGGCUGUUGAUGCUAAUACCAAAUGGACACAUCUGGAAAUCAUAUAA